AAAUUUGUUAUUAAUUUUAUUAUUUUAUUCAAUAAUGAGAAUAAUUAUGUUAUUAUGAUAAUAAUUAAUAUUAUUAUUAUGAAUUGUUGGAUUUCUUACAUAUGUAGAAAGAGCCAGAGCACAUGAUAGCAACUGCCAACAAUCAUUAAAGUCAAAAAUGCUUCUUCGUCAUAGCUUGUAUUCAAAAACUGAUUAAACGACAUACGUUAAUUUUUUCAAGUCUCAAUCAUCUAUUCGUUCGCUCAUUCAUCCAACUAUCUAUCUAAUCACUCAUCCAUCCAUUCAUUCAUCCAUUCAUUCAUCCAUUCAUUCAUCCAUCCAAUGGAGUCGGUCGAUUCUUUUGAUGAAUUGCAAAAGGAAUAUCUCGAUCAAAAAGAUGAACGCGUUGUAUCUGCUCACUUGGUCAACUUGCACGUUUACAUAGUACCGAAUGACCUGUGGAGAGAGCACUUGCAGAGCGCCCUCAAUCAGUCAAUCAACGAUACUGUAUCAGUGGGAUUCGUUAGGGUACUGCCCCAAAUGACACUACUCGACUUGCGGGCUGAACUUGGCAGCCAGCUUGGUUCAGAGUCCAUGCCAAAGACAUUUGUGUAUCUGAACUGCGUGGGAAGGUGCUUCACGAAGAUAAGGCCAAAACAGGAAAAAGUUAUGAAAGUUAAAAACUUCUUGCCGCCUCAAGCAAACGUUCCGGAGAUUUUCAUAUUAGAGAUUAAUCCGGACACUUCCCCAUUCACUCCAUCGAUCGGCACCACCACCCGAUCAUCCAGUUGUUCCUCCCCGUCCCCCAAACACGUGAUCCAUGGCUACCACACGUCCCGCAUUUCUGAAUUAUCAGGCAGCUCUAAAUCUCCCAAGCUACCAACCAUCUAUGGCGGAAAUAAACAUAAUCACAACGCCAACAACAAUAGAUACAAUAAC